AUGGGUACAUUAAUGGGUCAUAUUUUACCUGGCACAUUCUUUGCUAUAUUUGCUAUAUGGUGGGGUUUUUGUAUUGCUGUAAAACAUUUUCAUUCUCGUCAUUCAAGAAGUAAAUUACGAAAACCAAAUCCAUAUCGUGCAUCGACAACAUUUUCAUGUUUAUGUUGUCCAUCAUCAACAUUACGACAAAUGCCUCUUGAAUCUUAUUUAAAAUUAAUUUGUAUAACUAUUGGUAUAUUAGGUGAAACUGUAACUGGUCUUAAACAUCCAUAUGAUGAUACAUUAAAACGAAAAACUUGGACAUUUGUUGAAGUUAAUGCACAACAUAUAGCAAUGUUUUUUUCAUUUGGUUUUGCAUCAUUUCUUGAAAUACUUGUUCAUGCAAAAUAUAAUUUACCAAAAGGAAUUGAAUUUUUAGCUAAUAUAUUUGCAUUUGCUAUUGAAGGGUUUUUAUUUCAUUUUCAUCUUCAUGGUAGAGAUGAAGUUGAUAUUCAUGUUCAUACAUUACUUGUUUAUAAUAUUAUAUUUUGUAUUUGUGCCGGUAUUUGGGAAUAUAAUCGACCUAAUCAAAUUUUAGCUUCUUAUUGUCGUAUUGCUGCAACACUUUUACAAGGAGCUUGGUUUUAUGCAGCUGGUUUUAUUCUUUACUUUCCAUCAAAUGAUUCUUAUUGGAUAUGGUCCGCAACUCAUGGACAUUUGCUAAUAUUAACUGUUAUGUUUAUAUGGUUUGGCAUAUUGGCUUGUGUAUUUCUUUUUAUUCAAUCAGCAUUAGUAUGGUCGAUUUUAAAACGGCGUUAUAGAGAACUUGCACGUUAUAGUGCACUUAAUGAAAACGAUAAUGAUGAUGAAAUAGAUCAUGAAGAAACACUUGAAAAUUCAAAUAAUCAUCAAUUAAAACCAUUUAAAACAGAUAACGGAAAUACAAUUAUUAAUAUAGAUAAUCAUGAAGAGGAUGACAGUGAUAGUCAAAUCGAAUUUGAACAGCAAAGAAAACAUACGUCAAAAAUAUAA